AUAUUUGUGGGUUGCACAGAAGCCGGAAGUUGCUGGUAUUUUGCUAAAAAAUAAAUAAAAUGAAUAGAUGAUUGUGUGGCAAGCACUCAGGUGCCUUUGUUUAUAUUUUUCUAAAAAUGACAUGAACGUGUAAGUUCGCAUCUUUAUCGCUGCUGUUUUCCGUGAUUUCCGGUCGCCGAUGAUCAGGGUACCAUGGCAACGAGGAUGAAGCUGAAGCUGAAGACUGUAUUUGUUCUCUACUUCAUGGUCUCUCUGCUUGGUCUCAUCUAUGCACUUAUGCAACUUGGUCAGCGUUGUGACUGCACAGAGCAUGACAUGCCUAAAGAACGUACUAUAUCUCGACUGCGGGGGGAGCUACACCGUCUGCAGGAGCAAAUGAGGAAGUCUGAGGCGACCAAGCAACCUCAGAAACAGGCAUACAAGCCCGCCCUGCCCACAAUCUUUGUCAUCACACCAACAUAUGCAAGGCUGGUGCAGAAGGCUGAGUUGACGCGUUUGUCCCAGACUUUUCUCCAUGUUCCUCAGCUUCACUGGAUCUUGGUGGAGGAUUCUCCACACAAGACCCCACUGGUGACUGACCUCCUGGUCAAGAGUGGCCUGACCUACACGCACCUACAUAUGCCAACAGCGAAGGACCACAAACUGCAGGAGGGUGACCCCAGUUGGCUGAAGCCCCGUGGAGUGGAACAGAGAAACGAGGGGCUACGGUGGCUCAGAGAGGACAGAAGGGCUCAGCAAGGAGGAGACAACCAGGAAGGCGUGGUUUACUUUGCCGAUGAUGACAACACGUACAGCCUGCAGCUGUUUGAAGAGAUGAGGAGCACCCAGAGUGUGUCUGUAUGGCCGGUGGGGCUGGUUGGAGGGAUGAAAUAUGAGAGGCCAGUGGUUGAAGGAGGAAAGGUGGUUCGCUUCCAUACCGGCUGGCGCCCCAGUCGCCCUUUCCCAAUGGACAUGGCUGGCUUCGCCGUGUCCCUAAAACUAGUCCUGGCCAAUCCAGAGGCUUGUUUCGAUGGAGAAGCGCCAAUGGGCUUUCUGGAGAGCAGCUUACUUCAGGGACUGGUUACUAUGGAUGAACUGGAGCCAAAAGCGGACAACUGUUCUAAAGUGCUGGUGUGGCACACACGAACCGAGAAACCUAAGAUGAAAAGGGAGGAGGCGCUGCAGGCUCAGGGACUGGGUUCAGACCCUGCUGUCGAGGUCUGAGGAACAAACACGUAUGCAGAUGCGUGCACACACACACAGUCUAAAGUGUACCCUGCUGUUUUCUGUCGCACAUGAGUGUUGUAAAUACUGUAAAAUGGAAA